UCGUGAUAACUUAGGUUUGUAAUCUAGGCAUGGUUCAACGUUAUGAUUAUGACUACAAUAGCCAAAAUAAAAGUUUGAACCGAGUUCGAGGCUAGCAAGUAUUAUAUUAAAUUUUAACCACAAUAAUAAACGCAGUCCACUUCGGACCAAGCAAUGUUAUCUUUCUGUUUGUACUCUUAGAGUUUGUUGUUUUACUGUCUCUGUUUUCAUGAAAAUUUGUUGACGCUGUUAAUUAAUCGUUUUGUAUGCAGACAGCACAGUGCUAUCUUGAAAGAGAUUUUUAUUAGACAGCUUUCGGGCGACCCUAGCAGACGUUUACAAUUUAUUAUGUUUUAUGGAUUGCGUCGAUGUGGGCGUGCGUGUAAUGGCGAAUACAUAUAUGUGGUACCUACAUGCAUUUCGAAGAUGUCCGGCGCGCUGGCCGCUGCCUCUGCGAUGUUUGACGUAUCUGUUUAUACACGGAACGUGGCAACUCACUUCCUGACUAAUGGAAGGACGCACUCGGUGGGACCUGGGCGGAACUCGUUCUGUGAUUAAUGGCAAUCUUAUCAGAUUCCAACACUAUACAUUUAACGGCAAUCGCUGCGGACUUAAUCGCCAGUCUGAAAGGUGCAAAUUAAUUACACAGAUUAACUCUCUAAUACAUUAAUUUGUACUCAAUUGAUUAUUUGUAGGGAUCGCUUUGAUUUAAUCUUCUAUAAAACAUAAUUAAUUUCGUGAUCUGAAUCUAUUUUAAAGCAACCAGAAGUCGGGUCUAUGCUAAUAAUGAACAGAUUAUUCUGAGACGUAUUUUGCAUAUUCAAAUCUGUGAGCAUAAAACGACAUUAAGUUAAAAAGAGUUUACAAGGCGUAAACUCGGUAAUGUGCGAAAGUUGGUAAGUCCACUAGAGUCUUUACGGCAACUAGUCAUUUUUAUAGUUAUCGUGUCACCAUUAAUGAAGAUUCUUGUCCAUUAGUAUUAUCGAGGGCUGUUUUUAUCAUUGAAAAAUAUGGUGGUUGUGCUCGCGUCGGCCAGGCGGGGUAGUUCGCCGGGGCGGGCUCGCGGGCUCGCGCGGCAGUUCGGCUUGGGCAACUCGCCGUCCGCCCGCCUCGCGCGCUGCUACCUCUCCUACUCUCGGUUCAAUGAUAAUUAAUUCCGUUCGCUCGGAGUCGGGAAUAAGACCGCAUGUGGUUUGUGAUUUAAUAUUAUGAAUAAUCGUUGUUUACGUGUUGCGAAGGCAGUGUCUGUGUGUGAUAAUAAUCAACGUUGACAGUUAGAGUGCGCCAUGCGGUGAAGCGCCGUCGGUGCUAUAUGCACGCGCGGAUAUGGUGGACCCGCUGAAAAUAUUUUGGGUUUUAACAAAUAGCACUUACCUUGUGACCAAAUUCAUCCGUAUCGGCAUCGCUGACAAGAAUGACAACCCACCUUACUUCGACAAGGAACUAUACGAGGCUGAAGUCGACGAAAAUGAAGACAUCCAACACACCGUGCUCACUGUCACCGCCAAAGAUCACGACGAAUCGUCGCGUAUUCGAUACGAGAUCACGAGCGGGAACAUAGGCGGCGCCUUCGCCGUCAAAAACAUGACGGGCGCCAUCUACGUGGCAGGCGCACUCGACUACGAGACCAGGAAACGGUACGAGCUGAAGUUGGCUGCGUCGGACAACCUGAAGGAGAACUACACGACUGUGGUGAUUCACGUGAAGGAUGUCAACGACAAUCCGCCCGUGUUCGAGAGGCCCACGUAUCGCACGCAGAUCACGGAAGAAGACGACCGCAAUCUACCCAAACGAGUGCUUCAGGUUACAGCUACUGAUGGUGAUAAAGACAGACAACAGAACAUAGUUUAUUUCCUCACCGGUCAGGGUAUCGAUCCUGACAAUCCUGCUAAUAGCAAAUUCGACAUCAACCGUACCACUGGAGAAAUAUUCGUCCUCAAACCCUUAGAUCGCGAUCAACCUAAUGGGCGACCUCAAUGGAGAUUUACAGUUUUUGCCCAAGAUGAAGGGGGUGAAGGCCUAGUGGGGUACGCAGAUGUACAAGUCAAUCUUAAAGACAUCAAUGAUAAUGCCCCUAUUUUCCCACAAGGCGUAUAUUUCGGUAAUGUCACAGAAAACGGCACAGCCGGUAUGGUCGUUAUGACAAUGACAGCCAUAGACUAUGAUGACCCUGCAGAAAGUAAUAAUGCUAAGCUGUGGUAUUCAAUUGAGAAAAAUGUAAUAGAAGAAGAAACCGGCUCACCGAUAUUCGAAAUCGAACCUGAAACAGGUGUUAUUAAAACCGCAGUGUGCUGUCUUGAUCGCGAAAGGACGCCCGACUAUUCAAUACAAAUAGUAGCCUCCGAUGGUGGGGGGUUAAAAGGGACAGGUACAGCCUCUAUAAGAGUCAAAGACAUAAACGAUAUGCCACCGCAAUUUACGAAAGACGAAUGGUUUACGGAAGUAGACGAAACAGAUGGAACUAACUUGCCUGAAAUGCCUAUCUUGACUGUAACAGUUCAUGAUGAAGACGAAACGAAUAAAUUCCAAUAUAAAGUUAUUGAAAAUAGUGGAUAUGGUGCUGAUAAAUUUACUAUGGUUAGAAAUAAUGACGGCACUGGCUCGUUAAAAAUUGUACAGCCGUUAGAUUAUGAAGACCAAUUACAAAGUAAUGGCUUCAGAUUUAGGAUACAAGUUAAUGAUAAAGGAGAAGAUAAUGACAACGAUAAAUAUCAUGUAGCUUACUCGUGGGUAGUUGUUAAACUUAGAGAUAUAAACGACAAUAAACCUCAGUUUGAAAGAGCUAACAUAGAAGUAUCGGUGUAUGAGAAUGCUGAAGUUGGUAAGAGCUUAGAAACAUUUAAAGCUACUGAUCCAGAUCAGGGAGGCAAGAGCAAAGUUUCAUAUGCUAUCGACAGAUCAUCUGACAGAAAACGGCAGUUCUCUAUUAACCAAGAAGGUACUGUCAGCAUACAACGUUCAUUGGAUAGAGAAGAUACCCCUAGACAUCAAGUAAAAAUAUUGGCCAUUGAUGAUGGCGUGCCGCCAAGGACUGCUACUGCUACUCUUACAGUCAUAGUGCAGGACAUAAAUGACAACGCGCCUACAUUCUUAAAAGACUACCGACCUGUAUUGACCGAACAUAUAACGCCUAAAAAAGUCGCGGAAAUAUUAGCGACUGAUGACGACGAUAGGUCAAAGAGCAAUGGACCACCAUUCCAGUUUAGGCUUGACCCUGGUGCUGACGAUAUUAUUCGAGCUUCUUUCAAAGUUGAGCAAGAUCAAAAAGGUGCCAACGGUGACGGAAUGGCUAUUGUAUCAUCUUUACGCUCUUUUGACAGAGAGCAGCAAAAGGAAUAUCUUAUUCCUAUUAUCAUCAAAGACCAUGGAAACCCUGCUAUGACUGGAACCAGCACAUUGACUGUUGUGAUUGGUGAUGUCAAUGAUAAUAAAAUGCAACCGGGCUCCAAAGAAAUUCUUGUCUAUAGUUAUCAAGGUCAGGCACCAGAUACUGAAAUUGGUCGAGUAUAUGUCUAUGAUCUAGAUGAUUGGGAUCUACCAGAUAAGAAGUUUUUCUGGGAAAGUUCAGAACAUCCAAACUUUACACUGAACGAAGAAACUGGUAUGGUACAAAUGCGACAUAAAACUAGAGAAGGUAGAUAUCAUCUGAAGUUUAAAGUUUAUGAUCGAAAACACACGCAAACGGAUGUACCUGCCAACGUUACAGUCUAUGUAAAAGAGAUAUCGCACGAAGCCAUAAUAAACUCCGGAUCGAUCCGUAUAUCUGGAAUAUCAGAUGAAGACUUUAUAAGGGUCUGGAAUUACAAAACGCUUAGUGUCUCAAGAAGCAAAUUGGACAUAUUUAAGGACAAAUUGGCAGACUUACUAAAUACUGAACGCGAAAACAUUGAUAUUUUCAGUGUUCAGCUUAGGAAAAAGCACCCGCCUGUUACGGAUAUUCGAUUCUCCGCACAUGGAGCUCAUUAUUAUAAACCUAUCCGAUUAAAUGGUAUUGUACUUAUGCACCGAGAAGAAAUAGAGAGGGCUGUGGGAAUUAACAUAACUAUGGUUGGUAUCGAUGAGUGUUUGUACGAAAACCAAAUGUGUGAAGGAUCUUGCACUAACGUUUUGGAUAUAAGUAACCUACCGUAUAUGGUUAACUCAAACAAAACUGCUCUCGUGGGUGUCCGAGUAGACGUUAUUGCCGAAUGUACCUGUGGUGCCCGCAAUUUCACUCAAGCGGAAACAUGUCGCAACUCGCCAUGCUACAAUGGCGGUAGAUGUAUAGAAGGCAAAUAUGGACUGACGUGCUCUUGUCCUCCUGGCUACACCGGGCCAAGAUGUCAGCAAACAUCCAGAAGCUUUAGAGGAACAGGUUGGGCUUGGUACCCUGCACUAGAAAUGUGUGACAGUUCCCACUUAAGUUUCGAAUUUAUCACAAGAAAGUCAGAAGGUGUACUACUUUACAAUGGGCCCAUCGUCCCACCUGAACCGGAAGAAAUCAUGGUAUCAGAUUUCAUCUCUGUGGAGCUAGAAAGAGGCAAUCCAAGACUUCUAAUAGAUUUUGGUUCUGGGACUUUAGAACUCAGAGUUAAAACAAAGAAGUCUUUGGAUGAUGGCGAGUGGCAUAGAAUAGAUAUCUUCUGGGACACAGAAAACGUGAGAAUGAUAGUUGACUUCUGUAAAUCAGCUGACAUUCAAGAGAUGGAAGAUGGAACUCCACCUGAAUUUGAUGACUCGACGUGCCAAGCUAGCGGAACAAUCCCGCCUUUCAAUGAGUAUUUGAAUGUCAAUGCGCCUCUGCAGAUAGGUGGUUUAUACAUCGAACACUUUGAUCCAACACACUAUCAUUGGCAAUACAUGCCAAUCGGCAAAGGAUUUGACGGAUGUAUACGCAAUCUGAUUCAUAACAGCAAGUUAUAUGAUUUAGCCCAUCCUGGACUAUCAAGGAAUUCUGUAGCAGGCUGCCCACAAACAGACGAAAUAUGUAACCAAGCGGACACUACUUCAAGGUGUUGGGAACAUGGCACUUGUGUUGGAAGCUUUUCUGAGGCCAGGUGUCAAUGCCAACCUGGUUGGACUGGACCUUCCUGUAACUUACCAACCACACCGACCAGUUUUAGACCUCAGAGUUAUGUAAAAUUCGCUCUGAGUUUUGAACCUGACAGAUUCAGCACACAAAUUCAGCUGCGAUUUAGAACGCGUGAGCCUCAUGGUGAACUAUUCAGAGUUAGUGAUCAACACAACCGGGAGUAUGGAAUACUGGAAGUCAAGGAAUCGCGAUUACACUUCCGUUAUAAUCUAAACUCACUGCGUACCGAAGAACGCGAUGUAUGGUUGAAUUCUGUGGCUGUUGAUGACGGCCAAUGGCAUAUUGCUCGUGUUAGCCGAUAUGGAAGCGCUGCAAUGUUGGAAAUCGAUGGCGGAGAAGGACGCCGAUACAACGAGACUUUCUACUUCGAGGGUCAUCAGUGGCUACUUGUAGACAAGCAGGAGGGCGUGUAUGCUGGUGGCAAAGCUGAGUACACUGGCGUUCGGACAUUUGAAGUAUAUGCCGACUUCCAGAAAGGUUGUUUGGACGAUAUCAGAUUAGAGGGUAAACAUCUACCUUUACCGCCAGCGAUGAAUGGCACCCAGUGGGGUCAGGCAACUAUGGCUAGAAAUCUCGACCGUAACUGCCCAUCAAACAGUCCUUGCAUCAACGUUCACUGCACGGAACCUUUUGUUUGCGUCGAUCUCUGGAAUGAAUACGAAUGCACUUGCGGUGAGGGUUUGGUAUUGUCUCCGGACGGCAAGGGAUGCGUAGACAAGAACGAGUGUCUGUACUUCCCGUGCCGCAAUGGCGGCUCGUGCGUGAACCGCGAGCCUGGCUACCGCUGCCACUGUCCCGAAGGGUUCUGGGGCGAGAACUGCGAGUUGGUGCAGGAGGGCCGCACGCUCAAGCUCAGCAUGGGCGCGCUCGCGGCCAUCCUCGUCUGCCUCCUCAUUAUCAUGAUCCUGGUGUUAGUGUUCGUGGUAUACAACCGACGUCGGGAGGCUCACAUCAAGUACCCUGGACCUGAUGACGAUGUUCGUGAGAACAUUAUUAAUUAUGACGAUGAAGGAGGCGGCGAAGAUGAUAUGACGGCCUUCGACAUCACCCCGCUUCAGAUACCCAUCGGAGGACCACUGCCUGAUCAUGCACCUACUAAAUUACCCUAUCCUGUAAUGGGUCUGGGGCUUGGCGUGGGUCCGAUGGGCGUAGCCGUGGGCGUCCCACCAGGAGUUGGCGUGGGAGUACCGCUGCCAGGAGAGACUAACGUUGGCAUGUUCAUCGAGGAACAGCGGCGCGCUGACAGUGACCCAAACGCGCCGCCAUUCGACGACCUGCGCAACUACGCUUACGAGGGCGGCGGUAGCACCGCCGGAUCACUCUCAUCGCUCGCAUCCGGUACGGACGACGAGACGCACGAGUACGACUACCUGGGCGCGUGGGGCCCGCGGUUCAACAAGCUGGCUGACCUGUACGGGCCGGACCUGGACGAGCAGCUGUAGGCGCACCCACGAC